CUCUACAGGCCGAAGCACGCACACCUGAGAAGAUGUUUGACGUGGACAAAGAGUGGAGCAUCUCCUUCGCAGGCUGUGGCUUCAUGGGGAUUUACUAUGUCGGCGCCUCCAGCUGUAUCCUCGAAAGGUUUCCUCACUUCAUUCAGGGUGCCUCUAAAAUCUAUGGAUCCUCUGCAGGUUCACUGAUGGCUGCUGCUCUCACCACUGGAAUCCCUCUGGAAAAAUGCUGUGCUGAUUUAAUGUGCAUGGCCAAAGAGGCCAGGAAGCACAAACUGGGGCCCCUGCAUCCAACCUUCAACCUGCUGCAGAUGGUGCAAGACUCUCUGCUGAGAAGUCUUCCAGACGACGCUCAUGUCCGAGCCUCUGGGAAACUCUGCGUGUCUCUGACCAGAGUGUCUGAUGGGAAAAAUGUCCUGGUGUCAGAGUUCGAUACAAGAGAGGAGCUCAUUCAGGUGCUGUUAUGCAGCUGCUUUGUGCCGUUCUACUGUGGCGUUGUUCCUCCUGUCUACAGAGGAGUGCGCUACGUGGACGGUGCCGUCAGUGACAACCUGCCUCGCUGUCACCUGAAAUACACAGUGACCGUUUCUGCGUAUGCCGGUGAGAGUGACAUCUCCCCUCCGGCAGGUACCAUGAACCUGCACGAGGUGCGCUUCAACAACGUCAGCAUUCAGGUCAGCGCGGAGAACAUGUACAGAGUGACCAGCACCUUCUUCCCCCCUGAGCCUGAGGUUAUGUCUAAAAUCUGCCAGAAUGGUUAUAUUGAUGCUCUCCGCUUCCUGCAAGAGAACAAUCUGAUCACCAGCAAUUGUGCACUGAAAAGUUUGGAGCUGGACUCACCCAGAUGUGCUUGUUGUGAGCUGGUGAAGGAGCAGGAGGAGAACACACAGCAAGAUGGCUUGAAACACCAUGAGCACUUUUGGCUGAAUCCACAGCUCACAGAGAAACUCCCAAUUCACAUCAGAAGGGCGUUGUGUGAGGCCUGUAGAGCGUCACAUGCUGCCGAUGGUCUGUUUUCGCACGUGGCCGAGUACCUGCCAAAGAAAGUGACUUCAUACCUGCAGAUUCCUUGCACUCGGCCCAUUGAGUCGGCCUACUCUCUAGCUCACAGACUGGUGGACUGGAUCCCAGAUGUGACCAAAGACAUGAGCUGGCUCUAUGACAUGGCUGAAGACGUUUACAAGCAAGCGUGGAAGAAGGGGGUGAAAGACAACGACAGAGAAGCCGCUCUGCACAGAUGUACAAGUCUGCCAUUAGGCCUGAACAUGUGGAGUAAAGGAGACGAUGACCUAAUCACUCCCCCAUUGACCCCAGAAGGCAGUGGCACGCCCAGCCUCGUGUUCAACUGGGAUGAAAACAGUGCGGUGGACAACAUGCCUCUGACUCCACCCCCCACGCCCACCAUCAGCCACACCUCUGAGUUUGAGGAAGCUGCUUCAGAAUCACCUAAUAAUGCAGGACGAGGCUGGGGUUUGGGCAGAGCGGUGGGGUGGUUCCAGAACAUUGCCUCAAAAAGACAAGAAAAGAAAUGAUUCAUUGUCAUUUUUUUUUUGCAUUUCAGUAAAUAUUUUUAAUAUUGUAGAGAGGAAAAGAAAGUGGAAAUGUUGA